UGACAUAAACAGGCACCGGCUUAGUUUACAGUACGAGACGACGGGAAGGAAUAUCUCCGACACAAGAUAAAAAUGAGCCGCUUCUGCUCGGACAACAACAACUUUCCCUAUGACAACAACGUCCUGGUUCUGGACAUGGUGCUGGGCUCUCUGUGGGGAGUGCCCCAGCCCAUAAACUGGGACAACGUGGCCAAGCUAGUUCCAGGAUUCACUCCCAAGGAGUGUGCCCGUCGAUUUGAGGAGCUGCAGAGCGCAGGGGGUUUUCCCCAUGUAGACAACCAAUGUAACACCCUGACAGAAGGAAGCACCUCGCCUUCAGACGGCCUGACCACGCUGCUGGACGCUGGGGAGGUGGUGGAGACAGGAGGCAGCCAGAGCAGCAGCAAAGUUACAGGUUCCAAAUCGACGCCCACAGCAAGGGUUGGUGCUGUGGAGAAGAAAGAGAGAAGAGUCUCAGCAGAGGAGGAUGACAAACCUCAAAAGCCACGAGAUCCCAACAUGGUCAUCCAUGUGUGCGACGAGACCAAAAACCUGAAGCAGGACUUCACCUGCCCCAGAGAUCUCCUAGUUAAAGAGAUGCGUUACUUUGCUGAGUACCUGUCCGUGGACUCCCAGAGGUGGGAGGAGGUGGACAUCUCCGUCCACUGUGACGUGCAGAUCUUCGACUGGCUCAUGAACUACGUCAGGAGGAACUCAGCGGGAGAGGGGAACAGGGACAAACCCCGCCUCGAGCCCAGCAAUGUGAUCUCAAUCCUGAUCUCCUCCGAGUUCUUGAAGAUGGAUACGUUAGUGGAGGAGUGCAUCCAGUACUGCCACAAACACAUGAGCGCCAUCGUGGCCACACCCUGCAACAUGAACUGCAUCAACAGCAACUUGGCAACGCGCAUCGCCGAGUUCUUCAGCCACAACGAGGCCGACGACAUCAGGGACAAAAAAGACAAGUUCAAAAGCAAACUGUUUCAGAAGAAAAUUGAGCGUCUCUUCGAUCCCAGCUACCAGAGCAGAGAUUCACCAGGAAACGCCUCGACUCUCUACAGGUGUGGUCUGUGCCUCAAGCUGCUGACCAAAGACACAGAGAGGAAGAUUUCCUGUGUUCCAGGGAAAAUCAACAUCGAUGCUCGCGGAGAGAUCAUCUAUUCACACACUAAACAGAAGAGCUGGGACGUGCACGACUACAUCACCAGUCUGUAUGAGGAGCUCAAGUCCUGGGUCCUGGUCUACUGGAGAAUCUGGGGAACCAUCAACUACCUGACCUGCUCCCGAUGCCAGCAGGUGUUUGUGUGUGCAGAGCUCACCCAUUGCAAGUACCACCCAGACAGUGUGCUGUACUCUGGCAUGGGUACUGAGAAAGGCUGGCAUGGUGCAGGAAUGUACCCCUGCUGCAACCAGAGGGUUCUCCGCUUUGACCCGUCCGGUAUGCCCAAGGGCUGUAAGAAGCGAGACCACAUAGUGAACGUCCCCGAUGAAGAGUCCUGCGACGAGGCGACCUCGGCCAAGACCAGAGUCCUCAAUGACCUGCUGCUGCACAGAGACGCAGUGUGUCUGUCCAACACACCGCCUACACAGGGUACCGAGGAGAGUCCAUCCAGUGCAGAAAAGGUCCAGGACUGUGAUGUCCUCUUGGAGCCGACACUGCUGGGAUCUACGAGAGGAGACGGCAGCACUUUUUCCCUUUUGAAAAACUGGAGUCUGCAACUGAGGCAGCAGACUCUCCUGUCAGAGGAUGAGGAGUACACCACGGGGUCAGAGGUCACCGAGGAUGAGGUUGGGGAUGAAGAGGAGCUGUCCAAGAAACAAGCUGCUAAGAAGGCCAAAAAGGCCCACAGACCUCUGAAAAAACAAAUGUCCUCUCCAAACUUCCAGCGUAAAGACAAAGCAGAGAAAACACUGUCCAGGGACAACACACCGUUCACAGUGAGUGUCCAGAAAAGUAAGUGGGACAGUUCUCGCUCCAUGCGAUACAACCAGGACGCUCAGAGGGAAGAAGACCAGCGUCGCAUGGUGGAGAUCAUCGGCUACCUGAACAAGAUGAGGUUUGGAGACCAGGAGCAGAGCAAAUCCAAGGACACGAAAGAGCCUACAGGGGGUAUCUACUCCAGACUGGAAGCGCAAUUUAAGAGUGCCGCUCAAGCCAGACAGAGUUCAGAGAAGACACCCAGAUCUAAAAUACGCUACGCCCAGAUCCGGACAACAUAAAGGACCCGAUGGGGAGAAGGCCGCUGAGCCGACUAAGAGACGAGC